AUGUCAGACUCGGAAGAGGACUACAUGUCCAUGAUCAUCCCGGACGCCCCAGCCUCCACACCGGCGCCGACCUCGCUCCAGCGCCGCAAGGAGCAGCAGCGCCAGUCGGAGCUGCGCGCGCGGCAAAAGUCCAAGGCCGAGCGCGCCGCCGAGGACGAGGCCCGCCGCGACGCCGCCCUGCAGACGUCCAUCCUCGACGCGCCCGCGCACCAGACGAGCAAGGGCCUCGCCAUGAUGGCGCGCAUGGGGUUCCGGCCCGGCGGCGCGCUCGGGGCGCGGGGCAACGACGGCGCUGCGCGGGAGCCCAUUGCCAUCGCUGUCAAGGAGGACCGCGGGGGCAUCGGCAUGGAGAGCGAGAAGCGGCGUCGUGAGCGCGAGGCGGAGGAGGCGGCGGCGGGGGAGGAGGCGGAGAGGAGGAAGAGGGUCAGGGUUGAGGAGCCGGGGGAGUAUCGUGAUCGCAUUGCGAGGGAGAGGGAGGCCGAGAGGGUGGAGAGGAUGGUGGCGAGCGCCCAGAGGAUCCUCGAGGGCAUGGCGGAGGAGGCCGAGGCUGAGGUGACGCAGGAGGGCAGGCGCCGCAGGAUCAAGGCGAGGCCGUUGAAGGCUGUCAACGUCUUGUGGCGCGGGCUCGCGCGACAGCGGGAGGAGAAGGAGAGGGAUCGCAGGAUGCGGCAUGAUCUGGAACAGAGCUUGUCACGACUGCCGACGUAUGAGGACGAGGACGAGGACGAGGACGACAAGAGGGCGCUGGGCAAGGGCAAGACGACGGUCUACGAAGUGGCCGACGACCUCGACGAGGAGGACCCGGAGUUGGACGAGUUCAAGAUUCUCGAGCCCCCGGAAAGGCUGAAGCGGCUGGUGGCCUACAUGAGGGACGAGUUCAACUACUGCUUCUGGUGCAAAUUUAGAUACCCCGAUGAGACCAUGGACGGUUGUCCUGGGCUGACGGAAGAAGACCACGAUUAG